UUUUAGUAUAUAAUUGAUUUUUUCACGCUUUCGGUUCAUUACAUACAAUACAGUGUUCACUGAAUGUGCAAUUUCUUGAAACACCCUAAAAAAGGUUUAUUUUUAUACUAAAAGAACUAUUAGAAGAAUCUGUUCAAUUGUUUCUUCCGGAAAUGGUAUAAGAUUUAAAAAUAUUAUAGAUUUAAAUAGAAUUAAUAGAAUUGUUAACGAGGCCAUUUAUAUAAUUAUGAGAAAAAAAAUAAGGAAAAGAUGCAAUAAACCGUGAAUUCAAUAAUGGCGCUAGUCGCAUGCAGAGACAUCUAGAUUGUGAUUCUAUAAAUAUGAAUUUUGCUACUCUAUGCAACUUUUUGUUUAUUAUUUUAUUACUAUUUCUUUCGAUAUAUUAACGAAUAAUAUAACCUUAAAGUAUGAGCACUGAUAAUCUAUUUAUUUACAUUUUUAUAUAAAAUCCAGACAUAAGAAUUUUUAAGAUAAAUUGUUGAAGCAAAGAAUGCAGUAUUAAAAUUAUGAGCGGAGGUAUAGUGCCUAGUAAAUCUACUGUAUAUAUAUCAAAUUUACCAUUUUCAUUAACAAAUAAUGAUAUACAUCAACUUUUACAGAGUUACGGAAAGAUAGUGAAAGUAACUAUAAUGAAAGAUAAAAUCACACGACGUAGUCGUGGGGUUGCAUUUGUAUUAUUUCUAAAACCAGAAGAUGCUUCUUCGUGUGCAAAAGGUCUUAAUAAUACACAAAUAGGUGGACGUACUAUAAGAAGUUCUAUAGCAGUUGACAAUGGACGUAGCACAGAAUUUAUACGUCGUAGGGACUAUCCAGAUAAAUCCCAAUGUUAUGAAUGUGGAGAGGAAGGGCAUUUAUCGUAUGCAUGUAGUCAUAAUAUGUUGGGACCAAGGGAACCACCACAGAAAAAAGUUAGAAUAAGAAAAAAGACUAAAACCUCUGUUACUCAUGAUACUAGUUAUUUUGAUAGUGACAGUGAUGAAGGCUUAAGGAGGUCAAAAAAAUCAAAGAAUAUUGAUAAUGAUGAUACUGACGAUAAUUGUUCAGAAAUUGAAAUGGAAACAUUAAGUGCAGCUAUUAAACAGGAGCAACAUCUUAGAGAGCUAGAACAAUAUAAGCAUAAGAUGGCAACAGGUCAAUAUGAUGAAGAGCAUACUGAAUCGGUUGUAAGGCGGAAACGAUAUAAAGAGAAUUCAUAUUUCAGCGAUGAAGAGGAUAUCAGUGAAUGAAAAUGUAAGAGAUUGUACUUGAUAUUAUCAUGUAAUUAUAGAAAUCAUAAGUUUUAUUUAUAGAAAUCUAAUUAAAAAUUAGUCCUGUAAAUAAUAUUAAGAAAUUUCAUUUGAAACCAAAGUAAGGAAUGAUUGCAGUGAAUUUACCAAUCAUAUUUAAAACAUUUGGUAUAUGAUAGAAUUAUAUAUAUACUAUAUUUCUAAUCGUAAUAAUAUUAUAUACUGUUAAGAACCAUUACAUUAAUUACAAUGUAAGUAAAUAAAACGUACCAUUAGUGAUUAUUCUUUGAAGGCUAAAUGCUGGGUUUAAAUACUUCGACAAAUUUGCGCAUUUAUCUUUGCACAGACUUUAUAUCGGAAAGGCUAGUGAACACAAUGUUACAACUUUGAAUAUGUUUUCGUACAUUACAUGAAUACAAUUAUGUUUAUUCUAAAUAAGAGAAAAAAGUGUAGCAUGAUAA